AUGUAUGCUGUGACUAUUAGUGAUGAGGGUGACUGUUACCGGUGUUUUCCGCCUGACCCGGGCAUUGAGGCUGCUGCGCUAGGUGCUUGUGAGACUGCUGCUCUAGGUGCCAGUGCGUCUGCCGCCCCAGGUGCCGGUGAGUCUGCGCUCUCAGGUACUGCGUCGUCUCCGGACACCCACACCUUCACCCUUGACUCGGGUGCUUCCCGCUCCUUCUUUCGAGACUGCACCACUCUCACGCCACUCAGUCGGCCGGUUGCAGUCUCCCUGGCAGACCCCUCUGGGGGUCCUGUUCUUGCCCACUACUCCACUGUCCUACCGUGUCCAGCGGUCCCGUCUGGCUCCCUGUCGGGUCUUUACCUCCCCUCGUUCUCUACGAACUUGGUGGCGGGUGCUGACCUACAGGAUGGGGGGGUUGACCAGUUCACCCCUGCGCGUCAGCGGGUGACCCACUGCACGUGUGCAGACACGGGCCGACACUUGGCCACGUUUACCCGUCGGCCGGGGUCGAGCCUGUACACACUGACUACUGAGUCUCCUCCAGUCACUGAGUCAGCUCAGGUAGCAGCGUUGGGUCAGGUGUUUGCUGCGGUGUCCAGGUCUGGUCCUGAGUCUGCCCCCUGCUCGUGUCGUCUCCUGUCCCACCGGACUCUCCUCUGGCACCACCGCCUUGGUCACCCCUCCCUGCCCCGUCUUCUUGUCUCUGGCCUCCCCCGGUCCCUCCCUCCCCUUCCUCCGGGGCCUGCCCCCACCUGCGUUCCCUGCGUCGAGGGGCGGCAGCGCGCUGCUCCUCACUCCUCCGAGUUUCCUCCGACAGAGGCUCCGCUGCAGACGCUUCACAUGGACGUGUGGGGCCCAGCCCGCGUCCGUGGGCAGGGUCACGAGCGUUACUUCCUGCUGGUGGUUGACGACUACUCGCGUUACACCACAGUCUUCCCCUUGCGCAGCAAGGGUGACGUCACUGAGGUGUUGAUCGCCUGGAUCCGCGCAGCUCGUCUCCAGCUCCGGGAGAGUUUCGGCUCGGACUUUCCUGUUCUGCGUCUGCACUCCGACAGAGGCGGAGAGUUCUCCUCUGACCUUCUGCGGGCCUUCUGUCGUGCACGAGGCAUCCGCCAGACCUUCACGCUUCCGGACUCUCCACAGCAAAAUGGGAUUGCUGAGCGCCGCAUUGGCAUGAUCAUGGACGUCGCUCGUACGUCCAUGGUCCAUGCGGCUGCCCCCCAUUUUCUAUGGCCGUUUGCGGUUCGGUACGCGGCGCAUCAGAUCAACCUUCACCCCCGGGUCUCCAUGCCGGAGACCUCCCCUGCUUUACUGUGGACGGGGAAGGCUGGCGAUGCGUCUGCGUUCCGUGUCUGGGGAUCUCGGGCGUUUGUCCGCGACUUGUCUGCGGACAAGCUGUCCUCUCGUGCUGUUCCCUGCGUCUUCCUUGGCUUCCCUCCUGACGCGCCAGGCUGGCAGUUCUACCACCCCACCUCGCGCCGUGUUCUGUCCUCCCAGGACGUCACCUUUGACGAGUCGGUUCCCUACUACCGUCUCUUCCCCUACCGCACUGCGUCCCUCCCUCCCCCGCCGCUCUUCCUUACGCCAGGUCCCCCUCCGGUAGACCCCCUUCCCCCUCAGGGUCCUGCCCCCUCAGGUGUGUCCCAGGUAGAUGCAGUCGAGCCUGUCGAGGUAGCUGUUGACUCUGGUGCUGCUGGGGGUGCUGAGCCUGGGGGUGCUGGGUCUGGGGGUGCUGCGACUGGGGGUGCUAAGCUUGAGGGUGCUGAGCCUGGGGGUGCUGAGCUUGGGGGUGCUGAGCCUGGGGGUGCUGCGCCUAGGGGUGCUGAGCCUGGGGGUGCUGCGCCUGGGGGUGCUGAGCCUGGGGGUGCUGUUUCUCGGAGUGCGGAGCCUGGUGGUGCUGGGCCUGGAGGUUCUUCGGGUGCUUCGUCCCGGCGGGAGCUACUCUCUCCACAGGAGCUGCGUGAGUGGUUUGCCCGGCGCUGGAGGCGUGCUGCUGGAGCUGGUGGUACUACGGACGCUGGAGGUUCUGCUGCUGCUGAGGGUGCUGGUGCAGAGGGUCCCAGAGCUGGUGGUGCUACUGGCGUUGGUGCUGCUGGUGCUCCUGGAGCUGACGCUGCUGCGUCUUCUGGUGGUCCGACUGGAGCUGGAGCUACUGGGGGUGUUGGCACUGGAGGUGCUACUGGCGCUGGUGCUUCUGAGGGUGCUGGAGUUGGCGCUGCUGGAGCUGGGGGUACUCCUGGUGCUGGUGCUCCCGUUGGGGGUACUGGUGCUGUUCCUGCUGGCACUGGUGGCGCUGCGCGGCCACGGCCGUACUUCGUUCCGCUCCUUGAGCAGGUUCUUGGUCUUCCGUCCUCUCUUGGUCCUGCUCCUCCCUUAGCGUGUCCGCCUCCUGUCCAGUCUGAGUCAAAGUUACAGCCCGCCUCCCCGCUUCCUUCUCCUUCUCCCUACACUGGUCCUACUGGAGGUCUUGCUGAGCGUCGUGAGCCUGCGUCUCGCCCUGCGUCGCCUGUCCGUGCUGCUCGCACUAGUGGUCGUGGUUCGCGUCAGCGUCCUCCCCCUGUCCCCGGCACGCACCGGAUGUCUCUGCGUCCUUCCACUGCUCCACUGCGUGCCCCUUUGCCUUCUCCUCCCGCGUCCUCUCUUCCUGACCUUCCUGACCCUGAGUCGGACUCCCUUCGUGCUGCGCGUCCUACUGUCACGCGUCUCCUUGCUACUGUCGUCACUGACCCUUCCUUUGAGUCUACUGCUGCGUCUGCCCUCGUUGCUGAGCUUGUCGACUUCGCUGCUCGCUGUCGCCUAGACUACGCUGCCAGUCUCGUCGCUGAGUCUGAGUCUGUCUGUCCUCCGUCCGUCGGGGGUGAGUGUGCUCUUGGCACGGACGUCCUUGAGGACAGGCAGGAGGAGUUCCAGUGCUUGGCUGCUGCUUCACCUCAUCUCGUGUCCAUGCUGCUUGCCCCUGAGGGAGACCCGGAUGCACUUGACAUCCCGACUCCGCGCUCUUACGCUGAGGCGAUCGCGGGUGACUACUCCUCUCAGUGGCAGGCAGCCAUGGACGCAGAGAUGGCUUCCUGGAAGUCCACAGGCACCUACGUUGACGAGGUUCCCCCGCCUGGGGCGAACAUCGUCGAUGGCAUGUGGAUUUUCAGGGUGAAGCGGCCGCCGGGUUCUCCGCUUGUCUUCAAGGCGCGUUACGUGGCUCGUGGCUUCAGUCAGCGGCAGGGAGUUGACUACUUUCAGACCUUCUCUCCCACCCCGAAGAUGACCACUCUUCGGGGCAGCCUGCACGAGGAGAUCAGGCUGCGCCGCCCACCUGGCUUAACAGGGACUUUUCCUCCUGGCACCCAGUGGAGCCUCCGACGGCCAGUCUACGGUCUCCGCCAGGCACCUCGUGAGUGGCACGACACACUGAGGACUACACUUGCGGCUCUUGGGUUUGCUCCUUCUACUGCCGACCCGUCGCUGUUUCUGCGCACCGACUCUUCUUUGCCGCCGUUCUACAUCCUCGUGUACGUCGACGACUUGGUCUUUGCUACAGCUGACACUGCUGGACUUGCCUACGUGAAGUCCGAGCUGCAGAAGAGACACAGGUGCACAGACCUGGGUGAACUGCGCAGCUACCUUGGCUUGCAGAUCACCCGGGACAGAGCACAGUGCACCAUUACCCUGACUCAGUCACAUAUGGUGCAGCAGGUCCUUCAGCGCUUCGGCUUCACGUACUCCUCGCCUCAGGCCACUCCUCUGGCUACACGCCACUCGCUCUCAGCUCUGCCUUCGGAUGAGUCCGUAGAGUCGAGUGGCCCGUACCCAGAGCUUGUUGGCUGCCUCAUGUACCUGAUGACUUGCACUCGACCUGACCUUGCAUACCCUCUUAGCAUUCUGGCACGCUAUGUUGCUCCUGGGAGACACAGACCAGAGCACAUGGCUGCAGCGAAGAGGGUGUUGCACUACUUGUGCAGUACGUCGGGCAUGGGGCUUGUGCUUGGAGGGCAGAGUUCAGUGGUCCUCACUGGUCACGCAGACGCUUCUUGGGCUGACGACCAGGCUACGCAGCAGUCGUCACAGGGUUACACCUUCAGCCUUGGUUCCGGCUCUGUUUCGUGGCGGUCUACCCGCUCGUCUUCUGUUCUCGGCUCCAGUUGUGAGGCUGAGAUCUACGCAGGGGCCAUGGCUGCACAGGAGCUACGCUGGCUCACCUACCUGCUGACUGACCUGGGAGAGCCGCCUCGUUCUCCUCCAGUACUGUACGUAGACAACAAGGCCAUGCUGGCCUUGUGUCGGGAGCACAGACUGGAGCACAGAAAGAAGCACAUCGCUCUUCGCUACUUCCUUGCUCGUGAGCUGCAGCAGCGUGGUCAGCUGCGCCUUGCUUACGUGGCCUCUCAGGCCAACACUGCUGAUAUCUUCACUAAGGCACUCGCGCCUUGUGAUCAUCAGCGCUUCUGUACUCAGUUAGGUCUUGUGCCUACCUUGCCUCACUUGCUUACUUCUUGA